AUGCCGCAUUCCUCGCUGAAACGUGCCGACGUGGCCAAACACAACUCGGCCGAAGACUGCUGGGUGAUCAUCGACCACAAAGUCUAUGACCUUUCAGACUUCAUUGACGCCCACCCCGGUGGCAGCGUUGUUCUUGCGCAAGUCGCCGGCAAAGAUGCCACCGUUGACUUUUACCAGCUCCAUCGCCAGGAGGUCCUGACCAAGUACAAGGACCUGUGUGUUGGUACCUUGGAAGGCGAGACGCCCGAGGUCAUUGAGCAAAAACCAGGCGAUCCCAGUCCAGUGCCUUACGCAGAGCCCCUUUGGCUACGACCCGAAUUUACAAGCCCUUACUUUAACGAUAGCCACCACCGUCUACAAAAAGCGUUCCGCGAGUUUACCGACAAGCACAUCACACCCGAGGCACAAGAGAAGGAGAAGGAUGGCACGUAUAUCAGCCAGGCCCUGAUUGAUCGCAUGGCCGAGACCAACAUAUUAGCCAUGCGCCUUGGUCCCGGAGAGCAUCUGCAUAACCGGACGUUGCUGGGGGGUGCAGUGGGUGGCAAGGAAUUCGAUGCUUUCCAUGACAUGAUUGCUGCUCAGGAAUUGGCCCGCACCGGCGCACGAGGAUUCUCGGACGGAAACAUGGCUGGCAUGGCCAUCAGUCUAACGGCUGUCAAGCAAUGGCUCAAAAACAAACCCUUGAAGGACCAAUUAAUGGAAGAAGUUCUUUCCGGCAAGAAGAAGAUGUGUCUUGCCGUGACAGAAGCCUUCGCCGGAUCUGAUGUUGCGGGACUUCGUACGACCGCCGAGAAAACCCCCGACGGCAAACACUACAUUGUCAACGGAACCAAGAAAUGGAUCACAAAUGGCAUGUUUGCUGACUACUUUGUGACUGCCUGUCGGACCAAGAAGGGGUUCUCCGUUCUGCUCAUUCCUCGCGACGACAAUGUAGACACCACACAGAUAAAGACAUCUUACUCUACUACCGCAGCAACAGCCUAUGUGCAGUUUGAGAACGUCAAAGUCCCCGUUGAGAACCUGCUCGGCGAGGAAGACAAGGGAUUUGUCGUUGUCAUGAGCAAUUUCAACCACGAGCGUUACAUGAUGGCGGCUGGUGUUAUUCGCUUUUCUCGCCUUAUUGUAGAGGAGUGCUUGAAAUGGUGCAACCAACGCAUCGUCUUUAAGAAGCCCUUGAUUGAACAGCCCGCCAUCAGGCAAAAAUUGGCAAAGAUGAUCUCCCUCGUGGAAUCCAAUCAAGCCUGGCUUGAAUCCCUUACUUACCAGAUGUGCCAAAUGAGCUACGCCCAGCAAGCCAAACAUCUUGCAGGUCCCAUUGCUCUCUUGAAGUCCCACUCCACCCAGUCUGCCGGUGAAAUUGCCAGUGCCGCAACCAACAUCUUCGGUGGUCGUGGACUGACGCAAUCCGGUAUGGGUAAGGUUAUCGAGAACUUCAACCGAGGUUACAAAUUCGACGCCAUCCUUGGUGGAACAGAGGAGAUCCUGGCUGAUCUGGGCGUUCGACAGGCCGUUAAGGGGUUCCCCAAGGCCAUGCUGUAG